AUGCCCGCGAACAAUGGAGGGGGGCCCGUCCCGGGGCAUGAGGAGGCAGAGGCAAGAAACCACAGAGACAAUGUCGAUGUUUCCAGCCCUUACAACAGAAACAACAACAGCAGCAGCAACCGUGCUGAAGAUCUGGAAACCGUGCAAGGCAGCCCGCGAGUUGGGUUCGGUAGCUGUGCCAGCGAGCCUCAACUGUGGCGUUCGUUGAACGGGCAAAAGCCGCAGCAGAAGGAGGAAGAUGGCAAGCAGCAGCGCCCGGAGCCAGAGUCUGAUACGAAUCCGCGCCAGAGGCGGCGAAGCAGCAGCUGCCACUCUACCCGACAAGAGGCAACGGCAGCAAAUGUUGUGUUAAGGGAGGCUUGUUCGAGUGAUGCUCCUCUAGUGCGGGAUUUGAUGAAGUCUCACCUGCGGUCCUUGAUUCUUCCUGCAGUUUUCUACUGGUUGUGUCGGCAUGCGCAGGAUUUCGGGAGCUUCUUAGUUAUUUGCUGCUGCUUUGUGCCUUUCGACAGAAUGCUCAUGAGUCUCUGCUGCUUUCUUUUGCUGCUUCUUGCUCGUGUUAUUCUCGAAUUGGAACAGUACGCCUCAAGGGGUUGCCCCGACCUCGCAGAGUUCGAUCGCCAUUAUCUGCAGGCGGAGCGCAACAGAUUCUGGGUGGCAGAGCAGAAGCAACCUACUGGUAGUCGAGUCGUCGGCUGUAUCGGCUUUAUCAUUCAUCCUUCUAGUCCGCAGGAGGGCCAGCUGGUCCGUCUUGUCGUGUCUCCUGGAUCGCGGGGCGCCGGUGUAGGCACGCGACUGUUAUCCUGUGCUGUGGGCUUUGCCGCGAGCUGUCGAUGUCGUUCUAUUGAAGUUUUUGCGAAUUCGCUAAACGCCAGCAGCGCCAGCUUCUUCAGAAAUAGGCAUUUUGAGCUCGUCCAGGUUGUUAGGAGGAAGCUCAUGCGGGGUGACCUGCUGCGGUGGAGGAUGGCCCUCGACGGUCAAGGCCGACCAGUAGAACCGAAGGGAGACCCGGUUUCCAGUGUUAGUGGCCUACAUUCUGAGUAG